CACUAAACAAUCAUUUCUCAAGAAAGUGCCUUUUCCGCGAAUUCUAUUUCUUUAUGAAAAUUAAAUUUAAAGGUAUAUUUGCCUUAACAAUCAAGUUCCCAGACAGCUCUGUACUCGAAGCCUAUUCUAAGAAUGACGCAUUACUCCCAGUUAAAUUUAAUGUUAAUUGGGAAAAGUGGCAACGGAAAGAGUGCCACCGGAAAUAGUAUACUAAGGAGGAGAUGUUUCCGAACAAGUGGAUCUGCUACCUCAGUAACAAAUAAGGUAGACCUUGAAGUAGGAAAAUUCGACAGUCGAAAACUGAAAGUCGUCGACGUGCCAGGAGUCUGUGAUAAUUCCAUGGACAACAAGGCUGGGGUUGAGUUUGUUAUAAACAGUUUGCAGCAGGCCAUAUAUCUCUGCCCUGACGGUUACAGCGCUUUUAUUCUAGUUUUGAAAUAUGGCACACGUUUUACGAAUGAAGAGUUGGAAACUCUGAAGUUUCUGAAAAAAUUCUUCGGUCCAAGAUUCAUCGAAGAUUACUGUGUUCUGGUAAUGACAGGAGGAGAUAACUUCGCAAAGGAAAAAAAGUCUGAGGGCGUCAACUUCAAGAGUUGGUGCGCAAGUCAAGUAGGAAAAUUUAAAGAACUUUUAAUUGAGUGCGACCACAGAAUAGUUCUUUUUGAUAAUUUUACAAAAGACAACUACUUGAAAGAUAAGCAAUUGCUGAAACUGCUGAAAGAAAUUGACCGGCUUCCAUACAAAGGUCAAAGGUACACUGAUAUAAAUUUCCGCAACGCUCAAAAUUCCAGGAACAAACUAGUCGUAGAAAAUAGAUGUUGUCUACUUCGUGAAGAAAGUGCCUACGAAACCAGCUACAUGAUUGACAAAUUGGAGAAAGUUCAAUCCUCCAAUGACCAUAAAAUGAAAAUUUCUCCACUUGAUAAAAUUUUGCUAAAAGAUUCCCAGCUUUUAAAAAGACUCCAAGAGGCCGACCUAGGAACCGGUGUACUGGCAGACUUGAUUCAAACCGCUACAUCUAUUGAUAGAAUAGCUUCCGAUGAGAAGAAGAUUAGCAAACAUCUAGCAGACGACGAAGAAACUAUUAGACUCCAGAAAGAAGAGUUACAAAAAAAGGUGAUGCGAAUGGAGGAGGAGAAACGAAAUUUGGAGAAAUUAUCAGAAUUGGAAAAGCUAAAAGCUCUCAAAGAGAGAGAAAAACAAGAGAAAGAAAUUGAAAAACUGAAACGGGAAAACGAACAAAGAGAAGAACAGCACAGAAAAGAAAUGAAAGAUAAAAAAGAAGAACAAAGAAGAAAACUUGACAAACAAGAAACGGACCAAAAAGAAACCAGAGAAAAGUGUCUGUUGGAGGAUGCGUCAAAUUUUGCCUCCGACUGGGUACCUGGGCUGAGAAAAGUUUACGACAGGGCUAAUUGGCUGUAUAACUGGUGGAGUGGAACUUCAUAAAAUUUAUCACUUUGUUCUGAAAUGGAAGACAACCUUAACUCAAUUGUAGUACCACUGAAUAACAUAUUAUAUAUAUAUACAUGUUUUAGUAUGGGCAUAUUUACGCAUAAUCGUAUCAUUGUAAUCAGCUUUUGUUUACAUUUUGCUUUUUUAAAAAUCUAUUUUACAUUCUUGAAGAAAAAGAAUGCAGAAGUUGAGAAAAUAAAGAGAAAGCAGUAUUAAGAAAUAUGGAGCGACGCAGGCCUAAUGGUGUAAAGGCUAAGCCACGAGACCUAAAUGUAAAUGCAAAUUUUGAUUCUUACGGUUAUUUGAUUGACCAGAUGUCUACUUUUGCUGUUUAGCGCCGUCUCAGUCCUUUUACUAAAUGCUGACUUAAUGAUAAUUUCCUGUUAAAAACGUGUUUAGAUUAGUUUGUCAUUUAAGCUCUCGUGUUUAAGUUUGUAAUUUUCUCACAGCACUAUGAGCCUAUUAUUAUUAUAAUUAUAAUAAUUAUUGUUAUUGUUAAUUAUUGUUAUUAUAAAUACUGUCACUGUUUGUUCUGCAAGAAAGAGAUGAAAUAAGUAUUUCAGAAUACAAUUUUUCACACAUUUUAUAUAGUUGCCAUAGAGUUACUCUUUCAUACGAUUGGGUGAUUUAAGGUUCAAUGACCAGAGUUUUAAUUUUAAAGAUCUAAAUUUGCAAAAGAAAUCUACCAUUUAUAUUUUUUGUAGGCCUUCUUCAGUCGUAGAACGAAUAUGGUUCAUCUCACAGGGCACUUUUUCAUGUAACUGUGUGAAGCCCCAAUCUGGAGAAACAUUUCUGUCUAUGUAUAACGCAGGUUUAAGUGGCACUUUCUAUGGUUGUAGAAGAACCAGCCAUGUUUCGUUUGGCAAGAUUUUCUUUCAGAGCUGAGGCCAAUGACUUUUCGCGCUGUCCAAAACUUUCUUGGUCACUUUCUCUUUCUAAAUAGUUCGGAUCUAGGGCAAUGUCUUCCCAGUAGUCAACAUCGAUGUCCACUGUUUUGAGGUCUUGUUCGAUUACAUCUACAUAUCGAGGUGGGGACCAACAGUUUUUUCUUGUGCCCAUCGCAAGAAAGAUAGCUACUAUUUAUAUUAUACCAUAACAAAUAUCCUGAAAGUUUAAACAAAAAUAGCAAGGACUAGCAUUUAAUAAAGUUCCUACAGUUCGGGAUCUUUGGCGCCUCAGAGUCCACCCAGCUCUAAUGGGUAGUUGGGGGAAAGUAAAGGCUGUUGGUCACUGUGCU